UUGUUCAGAGUCAAUUUCCUACUGGAAGAAAUCUGUGAGGAUCUCGCUCCGCACCUUGCAGAGUUGUUUUCUAGAAAAUGGCUCGUUGGCUGUUCUGCUUUGGAGACUAUAUGUAUAACUGUGCAGGAUUACUAUGUUGAUCAUCGUCACCUUAGACCUGCAACUCGUUGUGCGCUUUUGAUGGAUUUACAGUUCAUGAUAGUUGGGGAGUAUUUGAAAGCGAUUGAUUCACGCCGUCUGACAUUUGCAAACUAUGAAGAACGUGCUUCUGCCGGUAAUCGGAUGAAAGCCGAUUCUACACGAAUCGAAUCGUUAUUUAACCAGCUUCUGGAAAGCGGGGAUAUUAAUGAGCCGGUAUGCGUGAUCUGUCAUUUUCUAGACCCAGAAAUUAUGUUCAGUUUUUGCAGUUUUCUCUUAUUACGUCACUGA